AUGAAGUCAAUUUUUUUGCUACACUGCAGUGAAUCAGCGGUGGUGUCAGCUAAAAAUAUUGCAUAUGAUCAGGAAGAUUUAAAUGGGGAUCUUCAUGUUCGAGUUGAGGUGAAGAGGGACCAAGAUGAACUGAUGAGCUUGGUGAUACCAAAGAAGCCGACCAAUUUGGAGAGUCGCAUCGCAGAUGCAGCUUAUGCAGCUGAAGAUGUAAUCGAAUCACAUAUCGUGGGUCAGAUCAAAACUGAUGGAAUAAAGACCAGCCCCGACUCCUUGUACGAAGCUCUAGAGAAGGUGAUCGGAGAUAUGGAUCUGAUCGAGAAAGAAGCCAUGGAAAUCAAACAGACUUUGAGCGUACAACAUCAGCUUCACACCAAGUCAACGCCUUCAGCUUCCUUGAAGUCUUCUCCUAUUGUAAAGGAGAGUAGCACUGAGUCAAUGCCUUCAGAUUCCUUGAAGUCUUCUCCCACUGCAAAGGAUCAGAGUGACAUGGUGGGUGCUGAGGAGGCCUUGCUUGAAAUGAAGGAUAAGCUCACUUCUGAUCGCCGUGAUCUACAGAUCAUUCCCGUUGUAGGAAUGGGUGGCUCUGGUAAGACUACUCUUGCUAUGACCAUUUAUCAAGACCGUCUUAUUAAGGAGCAUUUUGAUGUUUCUGCUUGGGUUGCGAUAUCUCAAGAGUAUAACAUUCAAGAAAUGCUCGUACACAUUCUUCUUCAGUUGGGUAAAAAAGUUGGUCAAACUUCGGGUGAGGAUGGCUUAGGAGAAAUCUUGUAUAAACAUCUAUUUGGUAGGAAAUACUUGAUUAUACUUGAUGAUAUGUGGAGUAUUAAGGCGUGGGAUGGGAUUAGGAGGUUUUUACCUGAUAACAAAAAUGGCAGCAGAAUAGUGGUAACUACAAGGCUAUCAAACUUAGGUUCUGAUUUAUCCCACUCUAAAAACCUUGAGAUGGGUCUCUUGAAUAAUGUUGAUAGUUGGGUGCUUCUUUCCAAAACUGUGUUCGGGGAGAAAAGGUGCCCACCGGAGAUGGUGGAAAUUGGAAAGAGGAUAGGAAAAGCAAUUGCCGGUUUAUCUGAAACCAUGCCUUCUCUGUUUGGGGAAGAUAAGGUAAUUCGUAGAUCAACGCUCGUUGAAUUAUGGGUUGCUGAAGGAAUUCUCAAACCAAUAAGUGGGAAAAGCUUGGAAGAGACAGCCAAAGUGUAUCUAAAGGAUCUUGCCGAUCGAAAUCUUGUUUUGAUUCAUAAGAUUGGGAUUAAUGGGGAGAUAAAAUGCUGCAAAAUUCAUGAUUUGUUGAGGGAUAUGUGUUUGAAAGAAGUUGAAAAGGAAAGGUUUUAUCAUGUCAUAAGAGAUGAUCCUCCUCGUUUAAAUACUCGACGGAUAAAAAGCCAACGUCGUGUUAUUUUUCCAAGGUUGUUAACAAGUCUAGUCUUGGGAUCUUUGUCAUAUGCCCGUUCCAUAAUAAGCGACUAUGACGACUAUGGGGAAGUUCGACUACCUCACAACCUUAGAUUGUUGAGGACACUCAAAGCAUAUGAUGAAGAUACCCAUACUAUGAAUGGUGCUUAUUUCCUUGAUAAUGUGUUUCAGUUGGUGAACUUACGGUACCUUGCUGUUAGAGUUCAUUAUGAGUCCAAAUUCCCUACUUCGAUUGAUCUGCUUUGGAAUCUACAAUCAUUGAUUAUACGAUGUUCCCGUGUUCUUAUUGUGCCGAAUGAAAUUUGGAAAUUGUGUCAACUUCAACAUCUCGAGUUUACGCAAUACCAUUUGAGUCUCCCAGAACCUCCCAGAGACAACAAUGACAUUGUUAUCAUGGAGAAUCUGCACACACUCAAAGGAGUGAAGAAUUUAGUUUUGAAUGAGGAGGUGGUUAAAAGAAUUCCCAAUGUGAAGAAAUUGUAUCUUUGGUACAAUCUUACGCAAAUGAAUGGAAAAAACUAUCUCAGCAAUUUUGAGUGUUUUAGUAAAUUGGAAAACUUCCACUGCUACCUCAACAACGGACGAGAUUUGAAUUGGCCGGGAAUUAGGUUCCCACACUCCCUCAAGAAGUUAUCUGUGGUUGUCGCUUAUUCUGCCGUUAACUCUCUGAACUUGGAAAUUAUAAUGUCAGAAAUCUGGUCAUUGCCCCUUCUUGAGAAGUUAGCACUAAGCGGUGUCUUCAAAACAGGACAGUGGAAAACAGAAGGAAAAUUCUCAAGGCUCAAGUUUCUACAUUUGGAAGAUUGGCAUACUUUAAAAGAUUGGAUUAUGUUGGAAAACUCUCACUUUCCACUUUUGCAGGAGCUUCAUCUUGAAGGGUUUCGUCAACUGAAGGAGAUCCCAUCAGAAGUUGGAGAAAUAGCAACGUUGAAAUCAAUUGAAUUGAAAUCCUGUAGUGAAUCAGCGGUGAAGUCAGCUAAAAAGAUAGUUGAGGAACAAGAGUGUUUAUAUGGAGACCAACUAGACCUUCAUGUGCGAGUUCUAGUUGGGAAAGAAGAAGAAGAAGCACUGAAGAGCUUGACAAGGGGCACGGCAGGAGGGCUGCCCCUUCUGUCAGCCGAUUUCACCUUAGCCCCGCCGGAAACUGCCGAGAACAAAAUGGAGAUAUGGGUCACUUUUUACUGCAUUAUCGUGAAAUGGCUGGUGCUUGAUGGAGAAGAAUUGGAAUCAAAGCACUUCAGACAUAGCAAGAAUGCCUAG